AUGUCUACGAGCAUGGAACAUAAGCCACUUAAGGAGCAGUUGGAGAACUGGCAGGGAUUGGCCGGCGACUAUCUUGCUAAUGCAUUGACUUCAGUGGAAGCAUUAAAAGGAGUGGACAAAAAUUUACGAGACAAAUUGUCGCCUAAUGUAGGCUUUAUAAAACAAGUUAUUGAGAACUUUGAAGCAACGGUUCACGAUGAGAGUGUUAUAUGUUCUCUGAAUGAGCUUGACAGUAAGUUCAUUAAGGUUCCGGAAAGUGUUAAUAAACAUAUUCAAACGAGGAUACACGGUGUUCAAGGAACGUUGAAUGCGAAGUUUUCGAAUAUCGAAAACAAAAUUAAGAAUCUUAGGGAAGAAAAAGUUGCUAAAUUCGACAAUAUUAAUAAGUCCAUAAGUGACGCAUUAGAGAUGUCUGACAAGAUGCUUAAGAAUUUUGAUAAGAAUUACAAAAAACAAAUUGAGGAUCAAUUUACGACGCUAAAAGGUUUCAUUAAGAGCAUUGACCCCUAUGACGAAGCGCAGGCAUCUAAAGGAAAAUCAAAGUUCAAGGAAGAGGUUGAGAAAAUAAAUGAAAAUGUUCAAAAGAUCGGUAAGGAUCUGGCGAGCAGACUUGAGGAUUUUAGUCAGUGGAACGCUGCGGCCGGGAGCGUUGUGAGUGCCGCUCUGCAAAACGUCACUCAGAUUAUAGAUCAGCUUGACAAAAAGAAAACAAAUAUUAUCACUGAAGAAAUCCAACGUUUAAGAGACACCACUCAACAGCAUUAUGUCAAACUAAAACAGGAAGAACUGAAAGGCUAUGCCCAGCAGGCCAUGUAUCAUCUGGAGAACUUUGGCAGUGAGGUGACAAGAAUAGUGGAUGCGAAAUUCAGAGAGGUGCAAGAGCAAUAUAAAUCAUGGGUCCAGACUCCUGCUCCUGGUGCUGCGAGGGGUCAACUUCCGCGUCAAUUGCCUCCGGAAUUACAGACCUCUACUAAUCCGCUGAUUAAGAUUUCGAGUGCUGUCAGAGAUGCUGCACAACAGGUACAAAGGAAUAAUGGAGGAAGUCCGCAUCCGCAGCAUCCUCAAUAUCUACGUCUGAGUUCUCAACUUUCACCUAGCGAGUCACUUACUAGUUCACUUAAUGAAUUACCGCCAUUGGAAUCACAGGUUCAGCAAAUUGAACGGCAGCUGCCUCAGACAUUUAGUGGUCAGCCGAGCCAACUAUCCACUACUCAUGUCUCCCAACACCUCUCAUCCCUCUCCGAGUUAGCAGCUGGUAUACGAAAUGUGGUGAACGACGCAGUCGCCGUCUUGAAUGACAAGAUUAAGACAGAAUCACAAACAGCCACUGCAAACUUGAAUGUUGCUUCGCCAUCAGUGUCGACAGAAAUAAAGUCACUUGAUGAGGCGUCCCAAUUUGCUCAGCAAUUCAUUCGGAAUUUGCAUUCCCAAUCUCAGUCCCAAUUUGCUCAGCAAUUCAUUCGGAAUUUGCAUUCCCAAUCUCAGUCCCAAUUUGCUCGUUCGCCCGAAUUCAGCAGCAUUCAAGAAACCAACAGUCAACUUAGCACUUUAAGUCUAGAAGUUAAGCUAGUUGGUACGGAAUUCACUACCGGUAAAAAAUUCAUUGAACAGUUUGACACAGGCAUAACUACUCCCUUCACCACCCUGAUUGGUCAAAUCCACUCAGCCGGUAACACUGUUAAAACGAAAUCGGAAGACUUGAGAGACAAGGCUCUUGGUGAGACUGAUCAAGAAUGGGGAGAUGACCCUAAGUGUGGCAAAUGCCUCAUGAGGAUCAAGGCGGAGAUUCAAAAGGUGAAGAACUUGGAAGUCCAGAAAGUAACCACUGCCAUAGAUACAAUCCUUGCAAGCAUUGACAAUCUCGAAGCUCUGCCAGGAGCUGUCGAAGAUGCUCAACAGGAGGCCGAAAGGCUAAUGAACCAAUUGCAACAGGACAUUGGAACUUUACAAAAUUAUAUUGAUACUAUCCAUCAAAAUGUAAGCGCUGCCGAACAAGCCUUCGACACUGCAAUAAAGGCUCUCGAAGAAGCCCUAGGAGGUGCGCGUGGCACCGCAAGCGUGGAGUUUCAACAACUCAGAAUCGCUCUGCAGAAGCGGGUAAGAGACGCAUUCAAUGAUUUGCAGUAUGACGUCCGUGAAUUUUACAGCAAUCAAAAGAAAGCUGAGUUAAAAGCUCUGCAGGAAAGCGUUUCAAAGUAUACUUCCGAAAUCCAGAAGAUCAUUACUGACGAUACCAACGCAGGCCUGAAAGGCCUGAUGAGGAAGCUCAGUGACACUUUCAAGACAGAAAGCCUGCAAGGCUUAACCUCUGCAACGCUUGACUUAUUAGCCAAAAGAGUAAAAAGCUUUUAUGAUACAUUCUUUGGUAAAUUCAAAUCACAAUCCGACGUCUCUCCUCAUUCCACAACCAUCCAACCAGUCACCUCCGCCCUGCUCCAAGUCCUCUCCACAAUGUACUCCAAAGGACACUUCCACCGCGAAGUCUCCGACAAAAUCGACGCGCUCAAAAAAGCGCUGCACAACUUCACCCCCAAGGAAUUCGCCGACGCCUCUCCCCUGCUCAACGUCAUAAGGCGCGGCGUCACGGACCUCCACGAGCAGCUACGCAAGCAGUACGUCAGCAGGUACAGUGGUAAAGAAUGGAAUUCUCUGGAAGAUUCCGAAAGACCGAAAUGCGCCCAAAUUCUCGUCACCAUUCUCAAGACUUUGACUCACGAUCUACGUGAGCUUCACAAGAGAUGUCACAAGACAGACGGAAAGUGGAAGGAAAACAAAAUUUCCCUCAUUACUAAGUCAGGUGUUUACAAUCCCCUUGGCGCAUUUUUCCAGGACUGCGGCUACAGGGUUUCCAGGUUGGAAGAGUCCUAUGAAGGAGAGCUGAGAUGUCAUACAGGCAUGAGGGGGGGAAACAUUUCUCGAGACCUUUUUGAGAAGAUCAUUCUCACCGCCAACACUAACGAACAUCUUCGAAAAUGCCCAUCAUUCAAAGACACUAAAAAUCAAUAUGAUUUCUUCGACCUACUUAAAUGUCUCACAUCUCACGUCGCUGAGUAUUACUCCGCUUGCCACCUCGGACUCCCUAAGUCCAAAAAGCAUCCUUGCAGUGUACGUGAUAUUUGUGUGUGGCUUUCCGGUCUCCCACAUACUGCAGUUUAUGAAACAAUUAAGGGGCACUGUGAUAAGAUGCUCAAUGAGCAAGACAAGGUAACCGGUGCAUUCCCCAACAAGGACGAUGCAGUUAUGCAGAGAUCCUUGGAACACCUAUACGGUAACAUUAAAACUAUAUGUAAAUUGGCACCUAAAUUAUUAGUCUCCAUCCAGGGCAACGGCCUUGGCCUUAACCACGCUGCGUAUCCGUAUGCCUGUUGCUUUGAGAACAACCACGGACAAUUCUAUUACCCGGGUGAUCCGUCGUCGUUGCUUGGCAUGUUGAAAUAUAUGUGUAUGCGUUUGUUGCGUGCAGUGUCUUUCUUAUACCAACAAUGUAGGUACACAGCAUCCGACGGCAACGGGUGGCGUGAGUGUCAGUAUGGUCAGCACGUCGGCACCUACCAGUGGGACUGCAAUGAACCAAACGAUAACUCAAACAACCAACCAAAGAGUCAACCUAAGUGCCAACCAAAUGGUCAUCCAAAUGACCAACCAAAUUGCUUACCAAAGUCCCCGCUUCAGGCCCAUCUUAUGGACGGGCUUCCUGGUUUCAUGCCGCAUAAGUUCACAGCUGUCGGUUGCCAGCCCACUUGCUCAACGUGCCCUAAGGGCUCACUGGUUGGGCAGUGUAUCACCCCGAUGGGCUUUGCAGAUUUGGCAACUGCGGGUUCUAUUACAGGCCGUGGCGAUGACCUCGUUGAUCUGCUUGCUACGUUUUGUAAGAAUGGCGGCUCAGUUCUGUGUGAAUUAGUGCAUUCGUUACAAUGCAUAUCGCCCUCUCCACCGAAGGGCUUGGCAGAGAUGUUGUCGUACUACUGUAACAUAUUCCAGAAAGCGUAUGGUUCAGUGUAUGGGCCUAACAACACGGUAGAGGGGGCGAUUGUUCAAGCAAUCAACGAAAGUUUCCCGUUCAAAAAUGAUAUGUGGCUUCACCAAAGUUACCAAAAUUCGAAGCUUACAGAUGCGUUUAAUACAUUGUAUUGCUCUGACAACGAACACAACGGCGCAAUAGCGGACGAUAAUCAUCAUGGUCUUCACACUUUGUCACCGAACCCAUCGCAUGAUAAGACAAAACAAUGUGCUCCCGAUUCCACCUGCGCUCCCUACCUCAAAGCACUCUGCCACGACGCCUGUCACACAUAUCCUCAGAAACAUAAAGCCUUGUAUCUGUCAUGGCUUUGCCGGUUGGCAUGGACAUUCUGGGAUUUGCUUGAUCAGUUGCUUAAGGCGUUCAAUGACAUCUCUUGUCAAGCGUAUGGUUGUUCAUGUAAAUGCGGUUUUGGUAAACACGGCGUCACUGAGGAAGAAACAUCGCAACCUCCAAAAGUUCCGACGCCUGCCAAAAUAAGUUGCAGUUGCACUUCGAUCGUCGAGUGCAAAGGACCUAUGUCCGUAUUCUACCAGUACGGUUUCACAUUCGGAAUGCCGAAAGAGUUAAUGGGAUCCGGAAGCAAGAAGACAUGUGACAAUUUCGUAAAGCAGUUGAACAGAGUUUUAACGAACGGAUACUUCAAAGAAUUGUUUGAUGAAAUCGAUGAUUUCAUCUGGGCAAUACGUACACCCUUCUCAUACCUCUUAUUAGCCCUCUGGUCGCUGUCGCUCCUGUACCUGCUGCACAUCACCGUCGUCCGCCUCGACGUCCUGAGGAUACGCUCCCACCUGAGAUCACCCUCAAGCCACCGCAUCGCCGCACAGUCCCUCCUCGCCGCCGCACGCGUCAGGGCACUCGCCAACGUCAAGUACUUCUCACCAUAA